AUCGUCAUCCCGUGAGAAGUCCGUCGAUCGUGUUCACGCGAGGUAUUUCCUCUCAACAUCAAAGUCCUCUCAAAUAUCCACCCAGUGAAUUAUUUAUCAACCCACUAAAUUAUCCCGAUAAAUUUGCCAUUCCGUUUUUAUCCCGGGCACUUUCAAUAUCUCAUGCUCUUAUUUUUGUUGGUUCCGCGGUUUAUCAGUGUUGUCGCAGUUUGAUUAUCAAUUUUUUCGUAAUUACUGUCUGUUGGUUUUGAGUUUCAUAAUCCGAGGUGAAAGGGUUGGAGAUCAAUUUUUGGAAUGUUGACAAUCCCUUCGCUGGAAUUCAUCCACCGCACGUGAUCUGAGCAAUCAUUAAAUGGAUCCACACAAUUUUUUUCUCCCACUCAUCACUGACCCCCCAGUGAAUUAAGCGAUUAGUGAGUUCGAUAAAUCGGUAAAAAUCCCCAGGAGUUGUCUCCCCUAAAAAAAUAUGUGAAAAUAAAAAAGAGGGAUGAUGAAGUUGAAAGUGAUUGGAGAACUCGACGAAUGAAUUUCAUGACUGAGCAAUGGCUGAUUCGGAUGAAACAGUGAGGAGAAUACUCCGACACCUGCUGACUAAUUUAACCAGUGGAAUAAUUACAACGGAAACAACCCAACAUUUGAGCGAGAACUCACGUAUUUACCAGGGUAACCUGGUACCAGUGCCAUCACCAUCACCACCCACUAUGGUAGCCAGUGCGAUUAGCGAUAGUGUGACUAUUUCAACUAAUCCGUCCAUGGCGGUAACGAGUCCAGCAGUUACGAGCACAGCUAAACCUGACCAACAUGUCUAUAAUUCCACAGGCUACCUGGUUGAACAGGACGAGCUUGAAUACAGUAUUCUUGCAGCAUUCUCAGACAUGCAGACGGUAUUCCUGGCAUGCUUUGCCACCCUCGUACCCCUCAUCGUCGCAGUUGCAAUUGUGUUUGGUGUCAGACACGCAUGGAGGAAAUACAGACACAGGAGAAAUGGCAGUGAUCUGCCGUGGUACAGGGGCGUAUGUUCCCGAGGUGAUACACCAGAUUCCCUGAACCAUCGUCCGCACUCCGGUAGCAUAACAAUUCAACCGGCAACUAGAAUUCUCUCAGCUCAAGACCUUGUGAAUGGACUUGACGGACCGAGGUAUAUCUGUGAAACGGAAGUAAUGGAUGAAGUGGCACUGGCAGCAAGUAACCAUGAGUACACCUCGCCUGGUAACCACACCAGCAAAAACGCCAACGGCAACAUUAUCACUCUCACACUCAAGAACAACCACCUCAUCGUCGAGACUGAGGAACGAGCUGUUACGAUGGAGGAUAACUCGUUUGUCGUUGAGGUACAGCCCAAGUAUAUAAGGGAUGAGGUGGAGCUACACACUGGAUCCACUGACGAUGUUACUAGUGGGGUCACUGAUCAACAGGCCCUGGUUCAUCGAGAGGAAAUCCCGGAGGACUCUACCUCCGAAUUUGGGACCAAAUUAUUUGGCAGCACAAACACUGGACUCUCGCAGUCGGACCUUUCGAUCUCCAGUCAGGGCUCCUUAAACCGCGGGUACAGAUAUGGAAAUCAGGUCGAGUACGAACCUGUAACAUUUGGUCACACACUCUACGGGAAUAACUAUCAAACGGAGAUUAAUUCGCAGAAAUCCGAGGGCUCCAAGUGGGUGGAGUUCGAUAAAUCGCCGGAUAUCGAUAAAACAUUGCUCAACGAUACGAAUACUUCGAAUUUCGAAAAGGAAACGGACUACGAUAAACACAACAACCUUGACACCUCAUUAGACUCAGGCUCAUCCCUUGAACAUCAGGAUUCAACAGACGCCAGCAACUCAACUGACACAGUAAGGUCGAAUCCGAAUCUGCAAGUGAAUGGGGCAACCCCAAACAAGUUGGAAGGUAUGGAGCGGAAGGGUCUGAUCAACGAUUACAAGUUGGAUUCUGCCAAGCCAGUGAUAACAGGGGCACUUCUCAAGGACGAGGGAAUAGAUGAGAACUGCCACGACAACAAGAGGAAAGUGGGUAAUGGUACAUUGUCACCGGUUCACAGAAACUCAAAGUCACGCGAGCUAAAGCCGGAGGGCAGUGUAUUUGUUCCAUGCCAUAAGAGAACUAGUAGUAUUCCACCUCGACUUAUCGAAGAUGGUCUCGAUAUUGAUCGUAAGAAGGGUAUUGAUAUCUACAGUCAAAUAAAGACGAGCAUUUUGCCCGGUUUGAGCCCAAAAUUUGAAAUUCUACAGAAUGACGUCAGUCCUAUUGACGAAAAGGAGAGUUAAUCCUCGAGAAUGCAUAGAGUACAAAGGUGAAUAUUUAGUGGGUAAGGAUGAGGGAUCUCGUUCGGAUAACGGUGAGAUGGUGAUUCGUCGGGGUUUUGCAAAUUGGCUAAAUCUGGAAAAAGCACUCGAGUCGGUGUAGACGUUGUUACCCCGACAAUAUACCGCUGAUGACCGUCGGCGUUUGGUUUCUUGUCACUGGUUUUUUGGGCACUUCUAAACUGGGGAAUCCCAAACCCUCUGGCAUUUCGUGGUGAGAAUUAAAUGGCCAGAGGGGUGAUGUGCACAUGUGCAGGAACAAUCGGAGACUAACGAACUCGAGAGCUACGUGGUUGUAGCAUUAAUUCACGUGUCUCCGCGUAUUUUGGAUGAAUCGAUGAGUAGGAUGGCAAUUUAACGGAGGAUAAUGUACAACUUGUUUAUUUUUUAUUUUUUAAUGGUGGGGGAUCAUUUCUUCGUUUAGGGGAGAUUGGGGAGGGAGGAAAAUAAUUGGAUACCAUCGUGUCAAUUCGGAGAGAAAAGGAAUUUGUAUCGUGCCUAUUUCCGUUACCAGACGAAGUUGAAGAUGGGGAGGAACUUUUCAAUUUCCCUGCUGAGUGUCUGCUCAGACACUGGAGGUCGAUAUUUGCACUGGAGAAGUGCUCAUUUCAACUUUUUUUCCCUUCUUUUUUGCCGGUGUAUUGGAAGCUGGUGUGAUUAUUCUGGGGAAUUUUCUUUUCUGAAUGGAUGGAUUGAAGAUGAUGAAGAGACUUCGGGGUUUUGUGGGGCAAUGCAAUUGUGGGUAUAACGAGUAGAGUAUCUAUGUGAUGAGAAAUUAUAAGUGAAGUGAUCAAUUAAUGAGGACUGAGCUGAUGAGGCUUCAGAUUUAUUCAGUAGCUCAACCAAUUUUUUUUUUUUUUUGCUGUUGGAUGACUUGAUGACACUCGAGUGUCAAGGGCUUUUCUUUCAUUAUUUGGGUUGAGAAAUUUUACUAGUACGUAUUUAUAGGAUAGCCACGUCAUAGAAUUUUUAAGAUUAAGCUUGUGGAUGAGUUUCCAGUGCCAGUUCCUCGGACAUUUUGUGAAAUGACGUAAUGAUAAAUGAAUGUUUGCUGCUCGAUUUUAAUAUUUAUAUCUCUGUUCUCGAGUUAUAACUGUGUUAUGAAAAAUUCAAAUUUUAUACGCUUACGUUGUAUAUUAACUACCCGGGUAAAAAAAUUGUAA